ACAAAAAAUCGAGGUUUUUUUGGCGCAAAAUAGGAGAGAGAAAAUCUGGUUUCACCAGAGACAGAAUUAUAAACUUGGAGCGGGUCCCACUAACAACGAAGGACAGAGAGAGAAAAAAAUAAGAGAAAAAGCCCUAGCUUUUUUUCUAUCUCUCUCUCUGUCGUUCUUAAUUUUGAAAAUAAAAAUAAACAUUUGACCUUGGAACCCUAGAAAGAGUUUCCCCAAAUUGAUUUUUAAUUUGAUUGUCGAAAAAAAAAUGAGUUCUUCUCAAGUGGUUCCACCGCCACCUACUAGAAGGACUAGUUUGACGCAGAAACGGCAGCCGGGGGCGGCGAAAAAAUCUGGCCCGCCUGCUGAAAAUGGAACCUCAUCCAAGCCUACUUCACCUCCGUCAUCUGUUGGAGGAGGAGAGAGGACGGUGAAGAAGUUGAAGUUGUCAAAGGCGUUAACGAUUCCGGAGGGGACGUCGGUGUCGGACGCGUGCCGGAGGAUGGCCGCCCGUCGUGUCGAUGCUGUGUUGUUGACUGAUUCUAAUGCUUUGUUAUCUGGAAUUGUUACUGACAAGGAUAUUGCUGCUAGGGUUAUAGCAGAGGAGUUGAGGCCGGAGCAGACGGUUGUGUCGAAAAUUAUGACGAGGAAUCCCAUAUUUGUUACUUCGGACACAUUGGCUAUUGAGGCACUUCAGAAGAUGGUUCAAGGAAAAUUCAGGCAUCUUCCUGUUGUAGAAAAUGGUGAAGUGAUUGCUUUGUUGGAUAUCACGAGGUGUUUAUAUGACGCCAUAUCAAGAAUGGAGAAAGCUGCUGAGCAGGGUAGUGCUAUUGCUGCUGCGGUAGAGGGAGUUGAACGUCAGAUGGGAAACAAUUUCAGUGCUCCUGCUGCCUUUAUAGAAACAUUAAGGGAACGGAUGUUCAAGCCUUCUUUGUCAACUGUUAUCACCGAAACCACCAAGGUAGCCACAGUCUCACCGUCAGACCCCGUUUCUGUAGCUGCAAAGAAGAUGAGGGAUUUUCGUGUCAAUUCAGUAGUUAUUACAAGUGGGAACAAAGUUCUUGGAAUCUUAACGUCAAGGGAUAUACUCAUGCGUGUUGUAGCACAAAACCUAUCACCUGAGCUUACAUUGGUGGAAAAGGUUAUGACACCCAAUCCUGAAUGUGUGAACGUGGAAACAACAAUCCUUGAAGCAUUGCACGUAAUGCACGAUGGGAAAUUCCUCCAUCUUCCUGUUUUGGACAGAGAUGGAUCUGUUGCUGCUUGUGUUGAUGUCUUAAUGCUGACUCAUGCUGCUAUUUCCAUGGUUGAGAAUAGCUCUGGAACUAUGAAUGAUAUGGCAAACUCAAUGAUGCAAAGGUUCUGGGACUCAGCACUUGCCUUAGACCCACCAGAUGAUUCUGAUUCUCAUAGUGAAAUGUCAGCUGCGCUAAUGAAUUCGGAAGGAACAGACUUGGGAAAAUAUCCAUCACUUGGUCUUGGAAAUUCGUUUUCAUUUAAAUUUGAGCACCCUAAAGGUCGUGUUCAUCGAUUUAACUUUGCAACCGAGAAUUUGGAUGAGCUUGUAUCUGCUGUUAUGCAAAGAAUAGGGUCUAGUGACAGUGGCAACCGUCCGCAAUUGUUGUAUGAAGAUGAUGAAGGUGAUAAAAUAUUACUCACAUGUGAUUCUGAUCUCCUUGGUUCUGCGCUUCAUGCUAGAUCUUUGGGACAAAAGGUUAUAAGACUGUUUCUGGAGUUCCCUGAAGCCGUCAAGGAAAGAAGUACUGAGAUUAGUGAUGCUGUUGUUGAGAGAUCUAAAUUAACAUCACUUCAUUCAGGGAUCUUGGCAGGUGCAGUGAUGAUGACAGCCGUUGGUGUGGUGGUCUAUUUGAGGCAUGCAAAACAGUGAGGCAUCACAUGGAAUCAGUACCAGGCUACAGAAGUUGGCCACAUCCUAACAUAACCUAUACUUUUUAGUUCCAAGGUUCAAAUUAAGCUCGGUGUAAACAAAAUCACGCUUUGGCUUCAAAUUGAUGCCUGCUUCUUUUGCUGGGAAGUUGUUAGAUUUCCCAAACAUGAUGUUGAUAUUUCAAAACUAUCACAUAAUUUUUUGUAAAGUGAUAAUAUAUGGAGCAAACAAGCAAAAAGCUUGGAUCAUCUCACAAUCACAAUAUCCUUUACCAUAAAAAGUUGUUCUUUACAACAAA